UUCGAGACGAUAAACAUCGUCAAUAGUGGUAACAUUGGACACGAUCAACAUCGACGGAUUUGCUCAGAUGCUCUGAAACUCGGAGGGCUCGCCCCUGUCACGGCGAUGACCCAGCUUCCCAUGGGGAAUGCUCUGAGUGCUUUCCGGAAUGACGCCAGGAUUGUCGAAAUCGAGGCCGAAGUGCUCGAUAGAUGGCGCAUUGAACAUUUCGCAGGGCUGGCCCAAGCCCGGGACAAGUUGCACCGGGACGUUGUCUCAACCGCCGAUGCCAAGCGCAAGGCAGAACGGGAUCGUCGUAAUGGCAAGCGCAACGUUCGACGUGUGCAACUUGACGUUGGAGAUUAUGUCCUGAUUGGCAAGGUCUCACAGGCCUUUGGACCCAAGUUACAAGUCACGUGGCUCGGCCCACGGCGCAUAAUCCAGGCGCUUUCCGACUGGGUGUUCAUUGUUGAAGACCUUCGGGAUGGUGCUGUUAGCGAGCAUCAUGUUUCCCGUCUGAAGCUAUAUGCAGUCCGAGAUUCCAAUGUGACUCAAGACCUUUUGGACCAUGUCGCCUACGUUGAGGGCGGGCACCUUGUCCAGGAGUUGCGCGACGCCAAGUUUGACCGCUCCGACAAGACAUGGAAGAUUCAAGUCAAGUGGCGUGGGCUCAGUGAGCUUGAAAACUCCUGGGAACCCGUUUCCAAUUUGCUCGAAGCCGUUCCCACCAUGGUGGCGGCAUUUGUAAAGAAACACGCCCGCUGGCAAUGUGAAGACGAUGGCUGAUGCCUACUCCUUGUUGCCAAGUCCUUUUGCCGAGUAGUGACUUUGGGGGUGCUGUUGGGUAGCAAUAGCCAUCAGUGCUCGGUGUUGUGUGUGUCUGCAUCCUCUACGUGUUGUCCAAGCCCCCAGCCUGUGCUGGAUCAAGGCAGUUGUGUCGCCGGGU